GCCUUCAAAUAGUCGACCACACUCGCUAAGUUUAACAGUGCUAUUCAAAACAUUUCAAAAGAUAUUUUUCAUUUUAAGAAGAGAACACUUUUCAACAGCAGUCUUUAGAUCACUCAGUGCACUUCAGAAAAGCACAUUUCCGUGCAAGCGUCCGUCCACAGUUCACCUUCGCCACAUUUCAAGCCAAGACGAUGCGGCCUACGGUCCGUCUCUCACCCACGACCCUCCUACUCGUCUCUCUGAGCCGCCUCACAAAACCCACCUCCCCCACCCCCACCACCCCCUCCGCCGAACCCCCCACUACCUCCCCGUCCCCACCGAUCGGUAACGGCACUCUGCCCUCGGAGACGCAGCCCGGCCUGGAGAACCUGCACUGUUUCCAGUGCACGGGCGAGUCGACCGAUCCGGACGACCACUGCACGGACAGCGGCUGGAUCUCGAUCCCGCGCGGUCAGCGGCUCGACUACCGCUACCUGUGCCCCCGACACAUGGACGACUUCUGCAUGAAGACCAUCGAGCGCUGGGAGAGCACCCGGCCCGGCGUGGCCGACAGGUUCCGCACGCGCCGAGGGUGCAGCGGAAAAACCAUGACCAGUCAGCAGAGCGGCGACCCAGAGGGCGCGGGAGUGGAGUUCCUCGUCUCCAACGGAUGCACCGAUUUCCGCAAAAACCCCGCCACCGGCGCAUACGUGCAGAUGUGUUUCUGCGACAAGUCGCUGUGUAACACCGCGGCGCGGUGGGCGGCGCCGUCAGUCCCGCUGCUGCUGCUGCUACUGCUCGCCGUGACCCGGCCGUGACCGUCUGUGACGGGCCGUUAGCAGCGGCGUCACGGAGCGCAGGACCUCUGUGACGGCCCGCCAACACGGGCGUGACGGACCGUCAACACGACUGUGACGGAACAGCUGUAACAAGCUACCACCGCUGCCGCUGCUGCUGACAGGCUGGACGAAAUGCCACCGCCUCAGUGCAGGCAAAACAUCAUAAGCAAGCCAUCAUCAGCGGGAUUUCCAGUUACCGUCGCCCACUGACCCCAUCACUACAUCUACCGAGGCGCUGCCGGCACGCCCCACCGGCUCUCUGGCUUCCUUCUCAGCUCAGCGCAUCAGUGCUAUCUUCUUACCUCGCCGCCUCUCUGCCUUCCUUCUCACCACCAUAUCGGCUCUGCCACCCUUCUCACACCUCACCGCCUCUCUGCCAUCUUCUCACUGCCUCACCGCCUCUGUGCCAUCCUUCUCGCCACCCGCCGCUCGUUAGCCCAGCCCGUGAGCCCACUCACCCGUGACGGCUCACCGCUCCACGGCACGGAACCACAGCGGAGCACGGAGCGAAGAGUGAUUACAUCAGGGCCUCCGGCACCGAGUCAACAAUGACCGGGCCGCGGCGCGGCGGUAACGCACGGCCGACCAGCGGGAACCGACGGCGCGCCGCGCGGCCCAGUGGCCGGCGGCGUGACACACUGACACAAUGUCGGUGACACAGUGCCCGACCGGCCGCAGCGCUGACACGCGCCGUGACACACUGACACAAUGGUGGUGACACAGUGCUCGAACUUGCUGAUACGCGGCAUGUCGUCUGUUGUGACACGGCAAUGCAUUGAUUUGUGACACAACGGCUCAUCUAUGACAAGCCAAUUGAUAUGAUGCUUAAUUUGUAGCUCGAUUUACAGCCAGCGCGUGCCUCCACGCACGCCAAUGAACCCACUGCGCCUGUGCCGACCUCCAGACGGUCAAAUUCGUCCGGCCGGCUGCACUGUAUGCCUCGCUGGCGUGUUGAGCCAAUCACCGCUGGCAAGUGGCCCACCGGAUGGCGAAUAAUCGUACACAUUGACGCCAUAAGAGCCGAGUGUUGGACGGUCGUUCACCCACGUGGCUGAGGAUUGUUGGCUAGUAAAGCGCAGAAGGGUGUUCCCAGACGAUGGUGAAAUGCUCGCCAAAGGUCGGCGCGGGCCGGAAACUGCGUGCUGUAUUGGUGGAUAUAUCGAUCAUGCUGUCGCCCAGACGUCAGGUGGGUCUAUAUUGGGAACGAUCGAUUAAUUCAGACAACAUGUUGAUGCUGUUAGAUGCCGGCCUUCGGAGAUUGCUUAUUUGUUGGGAGAUGAAAGUGGGCUGAGUGUUGAUAUUUGUAGUAAUAACAGCUACCGAUAGCACCUUGCAUAGCUCAAUUUGGGCAUUGCCUUCACCGAUAUUCGAUCAUGGGCAGGUUACAGUUUCUUUGAAACCACCCAACGCUUAGUAUAACAACAUAUUUCAAAUCGGUCGCGGACUCUUUGCCCUACGUCUCAGUGUGUGUAUUCUUUAGUGCACGACACAGAGGCACGGCAGAGUUUUCACUUACCCAGGUAAGGUAUACACGGCAGCUUCGCUCGGGACAAGAGGUCGCGGAGUUUCUCCCAGUUGUUGACAUCCAGAAACAGCUCGCGUUGCUUUUCAAACUUCUGCAGAACAUUCUUGGGCAAAUGUGCCCACAUCUUUUGUAACCUGAAAGGAAAAGAAAGGUUGCUUUAAGACGCAAGCCACAUUGUAUUGACUACAUAUUGACGUGAAAAGUUACGAAAUAAAUACAACCAAUCCGA